AUGGCAUGGCGAAAUGCAGGAUCUGCUGCUCGCUCUUUCGUUUCCGCUACCGCUAGAGCUCCGUCUCUCCGAUCUCCGCCGGCAACGCUUCCGCGACUCCGUCCUUCUCAAUCCUCUUUGCCUCGCCGCCGAUUUGCCUCUUUCACUAAUCCCAGGAAUAUGGGAGAGCUUGGAUGCGUACAAUCUUUCUUGCCUCUGUACAAUGUUGUAGCUGCAGCUCGACUCACUUCUCACCUUAACGUUAACGUGCGAGCUUUCUGCGAACUCCCUAACGGUACCUUCCAACGCACUUGUCAAGAUCGCUAA